GUCCAACACGAUCCAUGCAAUGUUACGCUCAAAAUAUCUUUCUUUUUUUGUUCUUUUUCCACUGUGCGAGUAGUUCGAACCAACAAUGGCGGGGGGGUGGUGCUCGUGCUCGACCACUGCCUUGGUGCCUCAAAUUCCAUUCCCCAUCGCCAUCGGAAGAUCAAAAUACGCUUUAUCCAAACCCGAAUUUUCUUCUGCACCCACUGCUACUCAUCUUGCACUCGUCUAUGGGCGUACUAGAGCUAAACCCCGUCGUUUAUGGCCACACCCAAUCACCGUUGUCAACUGCACCACUUCCGGUACAGACGCAGACACCCAAGACAACACUCAAUCCCUCGAGUGUGUGGGAACAGGCCUCGACGUUGAAUGCUUCGUGGAGUCGGACCAACCACAGACACAAACCCAAACCCAAACCCAAAAUCAAACCAUGCUAGAAGCAGCGUGGGAAUUGGCGGUGUUGGUGUCUCCCUUCUUCUUCUGGGGUACGGCUAUGGUGGCCAUGAAAGAGGUGCUUCCGAAAGCAGGUCCUUUCUUCGUCUCUUCCUUCCGCCUCAUCCCCGCUGGCUUCCUCCUCAUCGCUUUCGCCGCCUCACGAGGCCGUCCUUCCCCCUCCGGACUCUCCGCUUGGUUCUCCAUUGCCCUCUUCGGCCUCGUCGACGCCACUUGUUUUCAGGGUUUUCUUGCUCAGGGCUUGCAGAGGACCUCAGCUGGUUUGGGCAGUGUGAUAAUUGACUCGCAGCCUUUAACAGUGGCUAUACUUGCGGCCUUGCUGUUUGGUGAAUCCAUUGAUCUUGUUGGAGCUGCUGGGCUUGGACUCGGUGUUGUAGGACUUUUACUUUUGGAGGUACCUGCACUUGCUUUUGAUGAAAGUAACUUUUCUUUGUGGGGAAGUGGAGAAUGGUGGAUGCUUCUUGCAGCUCAAAGCAUGGCAGUUGGCACAGUCAUGGUCCGCUGGGUUUCCAAGUACUCUGAUCCUAUUAUGGCAACUGGAUGGCACAUGGUUUUGGGUGGUUUGCCCCUACUUGCGAUCUCUAUUUUGAAUCAUGACAAUGCUGUCAGUGGUAAUCUCGGGGAGUUCACAACGAAUGAUGUAUUGGCACUUCUAUAUACUUCCAUUUUCGGAAGUGCCAUUAGCUAUGGUGUAUUUUUCUACAGUGCAACAAAAGGUAGCUUGACAAAGCUCAGCUCCCUUACAUUUCUAACCCCAAUGUUUGCUUCGGUAUUCGGAUUUUUAUAUUUUGGGGAGACUUUCUCACCGCUGCAACUUACUGGUGCCGUUGUUACUGUGAUUGCAAUUUACUUGGUUAACUACAAGGAUAGUGUGGAGUAAAACGUAAGAUCGAUUCAAUGUUGAUCAGUACUGACAUUAAGGAAAAGACUCACGAACUAUCGUGUGCUUGGCUUUCACGUAGAUAGAUACAUACUGGUAUUAAGGUGAAUGCUCGUAGUGGAAUUUUGGUUGAAACUCUUGCAAUUCUUAUCCUAUAUAUUAAGAACACAAAAUUGCCUUGGGAAGUUUCCUCAUAAAAUUUCACGAGCAAUAAGCCACCACCUCCGGAGCAAUGUGUAAAGUGAAUUUUUGAGUUUGUAAUUUGUUUUUACUCUUCCUUGUAAUUAAAUUAAUAGAUGAUCGCUUGGAAUCUUGAACGGAACAUAAAAGCUUCUAGAGUUGUAUAUAGCCUUUGGAUUUUUUUCUCCCUUUUACUGUUGACUUUACCUGUA